UCAGAUUUAUCCGCCCAAACCUCAGCAAGAAGAAGAAGAAGUAGAAGAAGAUAAGACGACUGAUGUACCAGAGCCAACCACCUGAAAUCUUGUUCCUUUGAUUGAUUUAGAGACUGCAUGAGACGAAAGGAGUUCGACGGCAAUCGGUUCGGAUUCAAGUGGGAUAGUUUGCACUUGAACAAGAUUUUUAAUAGAAAGCAAUGGCCAUGGCAAUUACUUAUCAAACGAUGUCGUUUAGUUUGUUCCGGAAAGCUUCUGCUAUAUCGCGACCGCCGUCCUCUUCAAUUCGCUAUCGCUUCUCUUCUCGCCGAUGGUUGAACUUCAAUUCUCCUUCUCAUAUUCGCAGUUUUGUUUCAAGGUGCUCAAUAACGAACACUGAGCUGCACAUGAACAAAGUUGCUGCCGAUGACGAAGUCCAAGAAGAUAUGUCAGCUGUUGAAAUGGAGUGUCCGAUUGUUCAUCUAAAUCCUGAUAUUCUUCAGACUGAUUCUGUGACUUUGCUCACUGAAGGAACUUAUGUAGAUAGUCUUUUGACGACAUUGCCAGUUUUAUCAGAGGAGGAGCAGAAUGCCCUUGCUGCAACUCCAGCCCACCCAGAGGGUUUGCAUGCUUUGUAUGCUUGUUGUCUUGCUGGCAACUUGGUGGAACAACUUUGGACUUUUGCUUGGCCUUCUGCUAUUGCUUUGCUUCAUCCAAGCCUUCUACCUGUGGCAGUCAUGGGAUUCUUCAGUAAGUUUGCACUAAUUAUUGGAGGUCCAUUGGUGGGUAAACUCAUGGAUCAUUCUCCCAGAGUACCUACAUAUGUUUGCUUGAAUACUGUCCAGGCUUCUGCACAGUUGUUAUCUGCAGCAAUGAUAAUUCAUGCCCACACUGCACUUCCUACUUCUUCAUCAUCUGUUCUUCUCCGUCCUUGGUUUAUUGUACUGGUAUUAGCAGGCGCUAUCGAGAGGUUAUGUGGAGUAGCAUUGGGAGUUGCCAUGGAGCGUGAUUGGGUUGUGCUGUUAGCAGGAAUCAACAAGCCAAUUGCACUUGCACAAGCAAAUGCUAUUCUUAACCGUAUUGAUCUGCUGUGCGAGAUAGCUGGAGCAUCUCUGUUUGGUAUUCUUCUCUCUAAGUAUGAUCCAGUUACCUGCUUGAAGUUUGCUGCUGGUUCAAUGGUUUGGUCAUUGCCUAUUAUGAUUAUUCUCACAUGGUUAACGAACAAACUUUCUACUGGGGUUCUUGACCGCGCUAAAUGUUCACAAAGCUGUUGCGGAACAUCCAGGGGAAGGCCUUUGCCUGAUGGUGGCAGCAUAGUGGAUGUAGGUUUGGAAGCUAUUAAGCUUGGAUGGAAGGAAUAUGUGCAACAGCCAGUUCUUCCUGCAAGCCUAGCUUAUGUACUUUUAUACUUCAAUGUCAUUCUCACUCCAGGCAGUUUGAUGACAGCAUUUUUAACACAACGAGGUCUGAAUCCGUCUAUAAUUGGUGGUUUUAGUGGGCUAUGUGCCUUCAUGGGUGUUGCAGCUACAUUCUUAUCAGCAUACUUGGUUAGGCGACUUGGAAUUUUGAAGGCUGGAGCAGUUGGACUAAUCUUUCAGGCUUCUCUUCUUACCAUGGCGGUUGCUGUAUACUGGAGUGGAUAUUUUUCCCAGCAAAGUCCUCUUUUAUUCUUCUUGUGCUUGAUUGUCUUAUCAAGGUUGGGACAUAUGUCAUAUGAUAUUGUGGGAGCACAAAUUCUUCAAACAGGGAUCCCAUCAUCCAAAGCGAACCUUAUUGGGACGACAGAGAUUUCUGUAGCAAGCUUAGCAGAAUCUGUAAUGUUAGGAGUUGCAAUCAUUGCAAAUGAUGUAUCACAUUUUGGAUUUUUGGCAACCCUAUCACUCUUAUCUGUAGUUGGGGCAUCAUGGACGUUCUGCCGGUGGUUGUUAAAUCCAACAGAUGAACAGAAAAGCCUUUUCUCUUUUGACCCUCAUUCUUAAAUCUAAAGUGUCAGUUUCUGCCAUUGAAAGGUUAUUUCGGAGCCAGGAUGUGGUCAUAUACUUUCGAUGAGGUCCACAUUUAUCUUCUACGUAAAAAAAAAAAAAAAAAAAAAAGAAAAGGUUGAGGUAUAUAUUCUCCACUCGGAAGCUUUACUGUAAAGUCUGUAACAUGCCCACAUGUAUUAUAAGAUUAGAUGAGAAGAUUGAACCAAGUUUAGUUUAUGAUAACGUUACAACCUGUACAAACAUUUAGAUAAAUCUGUAAAGCAUCAACUAAUUCAAAAAAAAAAUUCAAUUGAAAUCACUCUAUUGUUGGAGGUGAAUGUUUUUUUCC